AUGACCUCCUGGGCCCUCCUGCUCCUCGCCUCGGCGCUCCUGGCCACCCCAGGGCUGACCUUUUCUGCUGUCCCUGAGGACCAUGACCUGUCCAUGGCUGACAUGUAUGAGGAGGAGCAGUUCUUCGAGAUCCUGGCCGAGGAGGCCACCAAGGGGGACCAGAUGAUCUUCACCUGUAAGUCUUGCAAGUUUAUAAUCAAGAGGCUGAGGAAAAUCCUGGGACACAAUAUCACGCGGGUGAGGAAGCCAUCAAACAGGUUAUGUCCACGGUGUGCCAGAAGACACUUAUGCGCAAGAUGUUUUGUGAUGAAAUAGUCACUAAAUAUCUUCAUGCCAUCACCCAGGGUAUCCUGAAUGACAAAUCCCCGCAGGAAAUCUGUGUGAAAAUCAGGAUGUGCAGACCAGAAAUAGGUCUCGGGGCCUCCGGGGCCUUACCCCACCCUGGGAAGAAGCACGGACUCUUCAGCAACCUUCGCCGCAUCCUGCCUUUCUAAAUGCAGUGCGGACCCUCCAGUUUCCCUCAGGGAACUGUUUGUAGCGCCUUCCCCUGGCAGAGAAUAAAAUGUCAU